CGAGCGGGAGUUUGAGGAGUUGGAUGCUCAAAAUCGUUGGCAGCAGCUGUACUUGGAAAUUCGCAAUGAGUCCCUUGACUAUCCUCAUAGAGUGUCCAAGUUUCCAGAAAAUAGAAAUCGAAACAGACACAGAGAUGUAAGCCCAUAUGAUCACAGUCGUGUUACACUGCAAAAUACUGAAAAUGAUUAUAUUAAUGCCACCUUAGUUGACAUAGAAGAAGCGCAAAGGAGUUACAUCUUAACACAGGGUCCACUUCCUAAUACAGGUUGUCAUUUCUGGCUCAUGAUUUGGCAGCAAAAGGCGAAAGCUGUUGUUAUGCUAAACUGAGUUGUAGAGAAAGAAUCGGUUAAACGUGCACAGUACUGGCCAACAAAGGAAGACCGGGAGAUGCUGUUUAAAGAAACAGGAUUCAGUGUGAAGUUCUUGACAGAAGAUGUGAAGUCAUAUUAUACAGUACAUCUACUGCAAUUAGAAAAUAUCAAUAGUGGUGAAACCAGAACAAUAUCUCACUUUCAUUAUACUACCUGACCAGAUUUUGGAGUUCCUGAAUCAUCAACUUCAUUCCUCAAUUUUUUAUUUAAAGUGAGAGAAUCUGGUUCCUUGAAUCCUGAACAUGGGCCUGCAGUGAUACACUGUAGUGCAGGCAUUGGGCGGUCAGGCACCUUUUCUCUGGUAGAUACCUGUCUUGUUCUGAUGGGAAAAGGAGAUGAUAUUAACAUUAAACAACUGUUACUGAAUAUGAGAAAAUAUCAAAUGGGGCUUAUUCAGACACCAGAUCAACUCAGAUUUUCAUAUAUGACUAUAAUAGAAGGAGCAAAAUGUAUAAAGGGAGAUUCAAAUACACAGAAACGGUGGAAAGAACUUUCUAAAGAAGACUUAUGUCCUGCUUUUGAUCACUCACCAACCAAGAUAAUGACUGAAAAAUACAAUGGGAACAGGAUAGGGCUAGAAAAAGAAAGACUGACAGGUGACAGAUAUACAGGACUAUCCUCCAAAAUGCAAGAUACUAUGGAAGAGAACAGUGAGAGUAUUCUACGGAAACGAAUUCGAGAAGACAGAAAAGCUAACACAGCUCAGAAGAUGCAGCAGAUGAAACAGAGGCUAAAUGAGACUGAACAAAAAAGAAAAAGGCCAAGUUUGACAGACACCUAAGUAUUCAUGACUUGAGAAUGUUCUGCAGCUAUAAAUUUUGAACCAUUGAUGUGCAAAGCAAGACCUGAAGCCCACUCCGGAAACUAAUGU